AUGGGGUUUCAGUGGCCUGACGCAGCCACUUGGUUGCGGAAGGCGUUGGACUCGCAUGAGGUAGCGAGUGAAACAACAGAUCGAGACCUCGAAAACGAAGACAACAGCUACAAAGUCGCUACGGAUGAUGAAUUUUUUCUCGCCUUGAAAUCCCGUAGGAAAAAGUUUGGAGCGAACAAGGCUAUGAUCGUUGCUUUUGUAGUAGUACUGGCUGCAGGGGCUCGCUACAUUAUGUCAAGGAGGUCGCGAUCCUACAUAGAGGAGGCGUCACCGGACGAUAUGCGCAUGCAGGAGUACUGGGAAGAUUUCAAUAACGCGGCGGACAAGAUGAAAGAGGCCUGGGGAUCCUCAGAAUUGGCUGUGCGGCAAGCCUUUCAAUUACACUUCACACCGUCGCUGAAGGAUGGUCAAGAGCUUCCUGAAGAUCCGCUGGCGUCGAUCAGUGCCCACGUGGAGAAGAUGCGAGAAUGCAAAGAGCGGAGGGACUUCGCCCAGCACCUGCAACUGCUACAGAGUAUUUGCCGUACUGUCACGACUCGCCUUGAGGAAUUGAAGUGGUUCGUGCGUGUGAAUGAGAAAAAGAAGAUACCCGUCCCUGUGCCUGGUCACGACGAGCCCUGUAGGUACCCGUCUCUUGAGGCGCUCGAGGAAAGUGUAGAAGGCGGCUUGACAGCAGCUAAUUUCUUGGGUUAUGUGGGGUUGGUUGGCGGCGAGCCCACGAAGAAAGUAGAUGGAAUGUUAGCUCAUCAGCUUUUGUCGCUGUUGGCUAUCGAGAACAAACAUAAUGCCUACAACUCGUUGGUCCGAUAUUCUUUCGAGCAUAUUUUCCAGCCUUUUAGAAAGGGCGAAACAUCUCACGCUGCCCUUUCCACUGCAAAAUACCAGAUUCCAUACGCCAAACGAGCAUUUCGAAUUGGAGCUUUCGUUCGAGCAGCUGCGCAUCUAUUCCGUGAAUGCGACAGCACUCUGACUUACGCAAACGAACGGAAGAUGCACCGAAUUGCAGACAACUGGACUCGUAAGGGAGUACUUGAAGCUUCUAAACGUCAAGAGAAACAAAAUGCAAACAAAUUUGAGAAGCGGCUGAAGACUAAAAGAGAGCAAAUGCAAGCGUUGCUAAAGCAAGGCAUACCGAAGGAUGAUCUUGUAAUUGAUGCAUUAUUCCUAUUAUAG